AUGGGAUCGAGUUUCUUUGAACUUAUUGAGCCGAGCGAUUUGCCGUCAUUCCGAGAAUCAAUGAAGACAUUGUUCGCCAAAGGCCACGUUCGCACUCCACUGUAUCGUCUAUUGGCUGCCAACAAUACAAAGCGUCACGUACAACCAUACAUCCAAAGGCCAGAAAGCCCAAUAUGUAAUCUGCGUCCAUCAUAUAGCAGGGGUAUUCUGGAUGAGUAUCGUCAGCAACGCCAAGUUGUUCGCCACAGGAUUGCGAUUGAAAUCAAAAAGGAGGUCGACGAUGCAAGAGAUUAUGCUGGUCGUCAACCUCACAUCGAUGGCAGUGGUGCGUUGGAUUUCCAAAUGCAACCAUUCACUGGUCCGGAGGACUUCAGUGUGAUGUCACGGCUGUUAUCGUUUGGUGACCCUGAAGCAGCGAAAAAUUCCUCCAUCGACGGUGAACGAGUGAGAGGAGCAGCGGCACGUAUUCGGACGCAUUUUUUCGCGGCCAGCCCAGAAUGCACGGCUCAGAGCUUUGGACAGCUCGAAGGACACUCUCCAACUAGCGACACCUCUUUGGCCACGGCGCGCCUCAUGGGUACACCGUCUCGUAGUCCAACCGACGACGGCGCUUCAGCCGGAGCCGGACUCAUCCGAGGAACAGCUGGAGGGUCUUCAUGCUCACCGCUGGCUGACGGCGUCUCGCAGUGCGGCCUAUACAGCCCGCCCUCGACAACUCGCUCGAACCUCAGCGGAGGAUCUGAUAGACAUUUGGACGGUAGCCAGUCCUCCACUCGCCCACGAAGCCUUUCCGCCGUUUGUGCAUCAAAUUCUGUCGCAUUGUCGUCCGGAUUGCUCUCAGACGAAGGAUGUGAAGAUGCCUCAAGUUUGCUCUCCUCUCUGUCUGCUGCCAUUGCUCGUUCCUCAACUGGAAGUCUGCCAGCAAUGACGGUCUAUCCACAGACACAGUGUACUCCAACUUUCGAAGAUAUUCCAUUCGAAGAACCUAAUCUCGAUAGCAUUGCAAUACGUGCUCCAUAUGUUUCGCGGCAUGGUACUUGUGGUGAGUUUUUCUCAUCAAUCCCCUGCGAUGAUAUUGGGACUAACUUCGACGGCAAAGAGUUUGGCGUCGAUGAUUUGAGUGCACUUGAUCUUUCUAAUGAGGAUUUUAACAGCAUGUUUGAACAAGUGAUAUCACAGUCACGUCCAUCGGCUGGUCGAGCCGUCUUGGUGAGCUCAGUCACUGCUUUAUAA